AUGAGGUCUUUGCGCGGCGGCGGAGGUAGCGGUAAUCCCGCAGGACGCGGUCGAGCGAAACGUUAUCUGUAUUUCCCCCGCGAACCGCUCGCGGCCGCCCGAACAAGUCCCGAAACCUCGCACUGUAUGCGCACACAAAUAUUAGCUGCGUAUUUUGGCCGCGAACGAUCCGGCCGAAAGAAAGAAGCGUGACCGAAACGCGGUAUAAACAACAACCGUGGUACGAUUGUUGUUGACUUUUUGUCCGGUAUAGGCCCGUGACGUCAUUCGGCGGAUUUAGCACGGGGCCAGAGCGUAUUUUAGCGUACAAA